UGUCAGCUGUUGUUGUUUUGCUUCUUUUCCCUUCAUUUUCUCCAUAGUCCGGACCUCCGACACCCAGAGCUACCGCACGAAAACGGCGUUUUAGCCGGUUUGCAGCGGAGAAACACACCGCCUUGCUGCGAGCGUUCACCCGGAAAGCCGCUGUUUCACAUUUCUGCCAAAUUGGAUCCGUCGCCCGCCGACAUCGAGCGAAGAGGUGCAGCCGAUCCCGGGCCUCCAAUCCAGGGUGGAGGGGGGGAAGGAGGUCGCUGGGAAUCGGGAUGGAGAGCGGAGAGGGAGUUGACAGGCCUGGCGGACCGGGCGGACCGGACGGACCGGGGCUCCGGUUUGGCUGCGCCUCAUUCAACCAAGACUCCACAUCAUUGGCUGUGGGAACAAAGACUGGCUACAGGCUGUUUUCCGUGACCAUGGUGGAAAAACUGGACUGCAUCCAUGAGAGUGCAGAGACUCCAGAUGUCUACAUUGUGGAGCGUUUGUUCUCCAGUAGUCUGGUGGUGGUGGUGAGCGCCGCCAUGCCACGCCGCAUGAACGUCUACCACUUCAAGAAGGGCACCGAGAUCUGCAACUACAGCUACUCCAACAACAUCCUGGCUGUCAGGCUCAACAGACAAAGGCUUGUGGUGUGCCUUGAAGAGUCAAUUUAUAUCCACAACAUCAAAGACAUGAAGCUGCUCAAGACUCUGCUCAACACGCCGUCCAACCCCUCAGGUCUAUGUGCUCUUUCUAUCAAUCAUUCCAACUCCUAUCUGGCGUACCCCGGCAGUGCCACCAUCGGAGAGAUUGUAGUGUACGAUGCCAACAACUUGAGCACAGUGACAAUGAUCCCUGCUCAUGACAGUCCUCUGGCAGCUCUCACCUUCAACGCUUCGGGUACCAAACUUGCCAGCGCCUCUGAGAGGGGCACCGUUAUCCGAGUAUUUUCCAUUCCCGAGGGCCUGCGCCUGUUUGAGUUCCGCCGGGGAAUGAAGAGGUACGUCAGCAUCAGCUCUUUGUCAUUCAGCCCUGAUGGGCAGUUCCUCUGUGCUUCCAGCAACACAGAGACUGUGCAUAUCUUUAAACUGGAACAACUGGGACCAAGCGGAGAGGACGAGGCUGCCACCUGGACAGCCUACAUGGGGAAGAUGUUUUCAGCAGCCAGCAGCUACCUCCCUGCCCAGGUCUCUGGCAUGAUGAGCCAGGACCGGGCCUUCGCCACUGUUCACCUCCUCGCGUCGGGCCAGAGGAACGUCUGCACCCUGGCUAUGAUCCAGAAGCUUCCACGGCUGCUGGUGGCUUCAGCUGAUGGCCAGCUCUUCAUCUACAACGUGGAUCCACAGGAUGGAGGCGAGUGCAUGUUGGCUCACACACACAGGCUUUUUGGUGUUGAUGAGGGGCGGGGUGAAGGGGCAGAGUGUGACGGGUCAGAGGUCACACGACCCCCACACACCUUUCCAUCCUAUGCUGCAACUGUUGCCUUACCAGCCACCGGGCCAGUCACUGCAACGCUCACUGGCUACUCUGAGGAUGGUGGGGCGAAGAAAGGCGAGAUCAUCCCAGAGCACGAGUUUGCCGCUGGACCUGUCUGCCUGGAUGAUGAGAACGAGUUCCCACCUAUUAAUUGGUGCCACGGCGGGACUGCAGCUGGCCAGGGGAGGCGCUCGUGAGUGGGUAGAAGGACAGAUGGACAAACAGACAGACAGGCUGCGGCAAGACAAACAAGCAGCACAGCCAGGACAUUAAAAAAAGAGAAAAAAAAUCUUUCAGGGUGCUAAGUUAUUUUUUCAUUUAGAAAAGAAAAAAUGACUCUGGAAACAAACAAACAAAAAAAAAAAUUAACUAAAAAAAUAAAUAAAUAAAUGACCAGAAUUUAGGUGUCACUAAUUUCAGAGACCAUAAUUGGUUACUUUUGUUACACAAAGACUGUGUUACAGUGUGUUUGAUGAAAAUGUGAGGUGCAUGACUGAGCAGAGAUAACCACAUUUUUUCAUAGCUACAUUACUUGACUGAUAUUUUCAUUAUGUCAUUAACAACAUGGUAGAUGACCUCCAAGAUAAAGAAUAUAAUUUUUUUUUCAUUUUUAUUCUGUAUUCUGUAUUGUAUUUACCUGUAUUGAUACAUAUUGUUUACGUGUAUGCCCUCUGAGUACAGUUCAGAAGGUAUGUAUGUACUGUACGUAUGUAUGUAUGUCUGUGCCUAUUUCAUUUGUAAAAGUAUUUUGCUAAUUGCACAAGACCAAAAAAAAAAGUCAAAGGAAACAAAGAAAUAAACAAGUAGACUUGAGUAGGAAUGAACCUAUGCAAA